UGCAGCUGCAUUACCUUGUAUGACACCCCUCAGCAUCUUUAGAGGUGCAAGUUUGGGCUUGAAAGCAUGAUUUCCAGGCUUGUCUUCCUCCUCUUCUGUGGGAAUAUUGCACUAAACCUUGGAAAUACUCAGAAAUUGCCAAGAGUUAAGAGACAAAUCCUGAAAGUUCAGAUCAACGCUACUGGUGAUGCAGUGUGCAUGAGAUACAUUCGGCCAAGUCCGAGCAUCAAACUGGAGGGCUUCAUCUUGGGGUAUGGCAGCAGCUUCUUCUCUAACCAGUAUAUUCCUCUGCCAUCAGAUGGAAAACCUUACAUAACUGAAGUUGAUGCAGAACCAAGAUACUUGAUUGCAGUGAGGCCAGCACCUGUUCCAAAGUACAGGAAAUCCUGCUCAGGUCAAACUAAGACUCCAAAGCCCCUCCAGUUGGUAAUAGGCACUUUAACUCCAACUUCUGUCUUCUUGUCUUGGGGAGUCUUAGUCAACCCAAAGCAUGACUGGAUCACAAUGAAUAACUGUGCUAAUGACAGAUUUUAUACAGUUCGCUACAGAGAAAAGGAUAGAAACAAGAAGUGGAUUCUUCAGCUUUGUCCUACUACAGAAACAGUAGUGGACAACUUGAAGCCUAAUACAGUUUAUGAAUUUGGAGUGAAAGACAAUACAGACAAUGGGCUCUGGAGUAAGACUUUCAAUCACAACACAGUUGGGUCUAAUAAAAACAAAGAAAAUGGGCAUCUCCAGAAAUUUCCUAAAAUUCAAACACAGCUUAUAUCGGUGGAUUCAAAAACACGAAUUCCAGUUACAAUAAUCAAAGAAGUAAUUCAAAAUAUCACACAUCGGACACAAUCUAAAACCAAAGAGAAGUCUCCUUUAGCAGGACCAAUACUAGUGCACCUUAUUGUUCCAGAUUUCAAUCAGACUAAACAGAAACGACCAGCUCCUUUGUCAGAGGAUAAGUCUGAAAGACAAAAGAAAAUACUGGCUGACAAUGAGACUCAUGAAUGGCCUGCAGAAUCCAAGAUGUCAGAAAUACAAGAAAUCACUCCACAAUCCCAACCUGCUACAACUGAACUAUACUGGGAAAGCAGUAAACCUACAAUUUCAAGUGUCUCAGAAGUAUCAGAGAGUUUUCCAGCACAUACUGAAAGUGAACUGGACUCUUCAAAGCCUAGAAUAAGCCCUAUGGCUGAAUUGGCGCUAGACACAUCGGCUCCUCACAAGUUUCCAGAAUUUCCUAAAAUAAAAAUACCUCCCACAGUCCAAACGCCCAGGGAAACAUUAGCUUUACAAGAAACGCAGCCAGUUUCUUCACAACCACAAACAACUUCUCCAAAAACCACACAGACAAAGUCGGCAGUCACAAAUGAACCCCUUCUGGAAUCUCUCAUACCUAAAACAUCUAAGCCUCUUGACUGGCCAAGGGCAACAUUGGCUCCAUCUGAACCACCACUUACCCCCUUUAAACGGAAACCUUCUGCCACUACAGAAGGAUGGCUUGUGAAACCUGCUUCUAAAUCACCAUCUUUGGAGGAGAAUGAACCUAAAACCUCUAGGAUUACAGAACAUUUAAAAACUACUCCAGCUCUGCCAGAAACAAAAGUUGUUCCUUCUACAUCUAAACCUACCCGACCCAAAAUUCCAGAAAUUAAGUCUGCAGAAAAAGAGCCUCAAUGGGAAACCACCACACCUAAAAUUUAUAAAACCCCUGAAUUGCCAAGAACAACACCGGCUCCCAGUAAAACAAAAAGCACUGUUUCCAAACCCCAAAUCCUUCCUCAUCUGGAAGAGCCAAAGACUGUACUGGCAGUUACCACCAAAUUGGUUCCAGUUCCUGUCACUACUAAGGUGUCUCACACUGCUGGAUAUCCAGUGGCAACAAUGGCCUCUUCUGAGCCAACUUCUAUUCCUUCUCAGUCUAAAGAUACUGACUAUAUCAUGCUCGAAGUGCCAGAUGAAAAACCUGCUUCAGCUGAAACAGACAUCUUUUCUUCUAAACCAUCUACAGUCCCUGAACUCCCACUUACUAAAUCUGUCUUGGAACCUAUUACGUUUAACAAUGAACUUCCAAUAGUAGAUUCAAAAGUUAAGCAUCAUCUUUUCAUCCCUAAAACAACAAUUAGCCCUCAUGUGCUAUACACCAAACCUGUCCUGAAAACUGUUGCAUUGAGAACUCAGCCACCAAAGACAGAAAUAGAGGAAGAAGACCAUGGGCCUUUGAAACCAACAAUUUUGUUCAGCCCUGAUGUGCCUCAGACCAAGCCUGAUCUUGAAGCAAGUACCUUUAGACCUGAACAACCAAAGUCAACAGCAGCGCCAAAAGAAACUCACCGUGUGCCUUCCAAGCCAAAGACAUCUGCUAGUCCUAGUAUAACAUCAAGCAAGCCUGGUCCAAAAGGAAGCCGUCGUGUUGUAUCCAGGCCCAAAACAUCACCCAGUCCACAUGUAACACAAACAAAACCAGCUGUAAUUAUUACGUUCUCUCAAGAUCCUAUCACUACCGUGACACCUCAUACUCCUGAAAGGGAACAGGCAACACUGGCUUCACCAGUGGAAAACUUCAUUCCUAAUAAAUCAAAACCAUCCACCAGGCCAAGAAUUCUAGAGCCCAAACCUGCAGCAUAUCAAACAACCUCACAACUGCCUACAAUCAAACCUACUAUGUCUUCUGAAAGACUAAAAGCAACUAUGGCUUCAAGAGAAACACAGUUCAUUCCUUCUAAACCCAAAACAUCUGGCAAACCAGAAAUAUCCCUGACUAAACUUGCACCAGUGGCAACAUUCCCAGGAUCAAUUAACCUUCAUAUUCAUGUUCUCCAAAAUGGGUCCAAAGACACUUUGGCUCCAUUCAAGCUCCCAAGUGGUGAAACAACUGAAAGCCCACAUUUGAGAACUGCAUCGCAUAAAGUGUAUCUCACAACUGCAAAACCCAAGAUGAUGGAUAAGUCACAGGCCAGACCUGUUAUACAUAAAACAACACCAGCUCCUGGGAGAACAAGAACAUCUGGCAGGUUGAUAUGGGAUGACAUAUUAACAGAUCAGGAUAUUACCAGGCUUUUUAGUACAAGCUCUAGUACAAGAACUGACUUACCAGCAGAUUCUACGGUUGCAAAGAAAAAAACAGACUCCGUAGCUACACCACCUGAACCUCCUCGACCACCCUUAGCUCCUGCCAAGCCUACACCAAUGCGAAGAAAACCUUUGCCUCCAAACACUGUGACCGGUAAACCUGGGAGUUCAGGAAAUAUUUUGAUGCCACGGGGAGUCCCACCUGCCACCGCAUCUUCUGUGGCAAAACCGAUGAGACCAACAAUUCUUGUGAGAACAGGCUCAUCAAAAAAGCCUCCUACUGCUUCUUCUUCUCCAGAUUACAGUAACACAACUGUAUUCAGCUCACAACCUACAUCCGAGACUGAUAUAGCAGGCAAACCAAGGUAUAAAGGUGAUCAUGUGAAGUAUGUGAAAAAGGAAGAAAAUGUUCCAUGUUCCAUCACAGAUACUCUUCAGUUGUUUCCAAAAGAAGAGGGGGACAACAAAGAGGGAGCCACUAAGCCUCCACAAAAUCCACCUACCAACCUCACUGUGGUAACUGUUGAGGGCUGUCCAUCCUUUGUCGUACUGGACUGGGAGAAACCAGAAAAUGACACAGUUACAGAAUAUAAAGUUGUAUCCACUGAAAAUGGAGCCACAAAUGAAAAGGACAAGUCCAUUAUCACUACAAAUCAAACCCACUCUACUGUGGAGAACUUGAAACCUAAUACAAGUUAUGAAUUCCUUGUGAUACCUAGCAACCCUCUUGGCGAAGGUCCAAGUAGCGAACCAAAGCCAUUUAAAACAGAAUCAGCGGACCCAAGAAUAAAUGAGCAAAUUUCAAUGGGAAAAGAUGCAAUUUGGACUGAAAAAAAAUUCAAUUCUGAUGACUACUCUGAAUGCAAAGGAAAACAGUAUGUGAAAAGGACUUGGUACAAGAAGUUUGUAGGUGUACAAUUAUGCAACUCUCUGAGGUACAAAAUUUACCUCAGUGAUUCACUUACAGGGAAAUUUUAUAAUAUAGGUGAUCAAAGAGGCCAUGGAGAAGACCAUUGCCAAUUCGUGGAUUCGUAUUUCGAUGGAAAGACAGGACAACACAUUCAGCCAGAUCAACUACCUACUAAAGAAGGCUUUUUUAGAGCUUUUCGACAGGAGCCCGUCAAGUUUGGAAAAAUAGGAGCUGCAACUCACACUAACUAUGUUCAUUGGUAUGAAUGUGGAACUUCAAUACCUGGGAAAUGGUAGAACAAGACAAGAACAGAACACAGAUGGACUGCAUCCAACUAUGACCAACACAAGACAAACUCCAGUGAUUGAAACAUGCCAUGAUUUUAUAUUUGUCAUACUGAAACCUAAUGACAAUAGUGUCAGCUACUUAAUAGCAUUAUUUGCUUAAUAGUUGCCCAGAUUUACAGAUCUUUUGUUGGAGGAGUUAGAAGAUAGAACAUGUCCUAAGGUAAUGUUUUGGGAAGCUGGCUCCCUACUAGUGUCUUAUGGUACCACCUAUUUUGAAAGAUGUAGUUUAUUAUUUAUCAUUUUUGUGACAUUGAGGCACCUUUAACAAAAAGUUGACAAACAGUUAUAUAUUCUGAAUUGUAAUGAUAUGUAUUGCUAAAGUUCAUGUUCUGGUUUCUUUCUCUUUUGUAGUACUCUUAAGUUAUUCAGUCAUGAUAGUUUGGUAUUGUUUCAGUCCGACCCAUAAAGUGGAAGAACAUAUUCUCUUCUCUUACUCCAAACUCCAGAUAACUGAUGGUGGUAUAGUUUUUGUACCCAUAUACUCUGCAGUCAUUAAGACAUUGCAGAUACAGGGAACGGUGGAUUCUGAAGCUACACCGAUGACUCCUUUACAAUCCAUCUGCAGCUGCUGAAUGGCAGAGUCUUCUUUACUACUUGGAGCAGUGAACAGAUAGACACUAUGUGGGGUAAGAGGUGAAACCCUGUUAAUUUGGUUGCUGAUAAAAGGCUCUGUAUCUGUGCAUGCUGAAUUGAGCUUUGAAACUGUGGCAAACGCAACUGACACCACAAUGUAAAGGACUGCUCUUCAAGUCAUAAUUCCUGCUCGUCUGGAGCUGGCAGUCAAAGGGCUUAUGCACACACACAUGCUUUUAAGUUCUGCCCCACAAUAUAACAUGAGUGGUAAAUUUUGUAAAUUUUUGUCUCAAUAAACGUUAGCUACUGCCUAAAGAAAAAAAAAACCCAAAUCUAUUGCUAAUCAAAUUCGGUAGAAUACACGCAAAAGCCAAAUAUAAAACAACUUCUCAAGAUAUUUUACCUUCUAAUACAGACACCCAAGCUACCAGUGUCACUUAUGAUGGACACAUGCAUAUCUCAAGUACAGCUUUCCCCUUCAAAAGUACAGAGAAGCAGUAGUUUAAUUUUUUGUCACUCACUGCUUCCAGAGAUAGCUACUAUCAACACACAUAUACCAUACGUAACUGACACAGUAUAUAAGCAGUAAGCAACACUAUCAGAUCAAAAAUAUGCAAGUUUACACGUACUCUAACAAAUCAAUGAUCAUGGAGUUUUGACUACAAUAUAGAUCAAUUAAGAUGUUAGGGAGAUAGGUGUACAAUAAUUCACCCCUAAAGUAUACAAAACCACCUACAUCCAUUAUACUUUACGACAGUUUACUUUAUAUAAAAUUGAACAAUAAUGUGAUCUGCUUUGUACAAAUGGAAAUAUUAAAACUAUUUUGAAAAUACAGUAGCUCAGUUCUUCCCGAAGUGCUAUAUUUGUAUUGCUUAAACAUUUAGACAUUCUCUCUCUCUCUCUCUCUCUCUCUCUCUCUAAGAGAUGUAGGUUUUAAAGGUGUUUAUUCAAUGUAUUAAAAUAUAAAAGGAGCACAAGGAAUAUUGGAUAGGUUGUUUAUAAAAGAAUUUCUUUUAAGUACAUUGCAGGUACACUGUACUCUUAAUAAAGUAUUUUUAAUCAUAAA